UUGAUUACCAGUCCGGGUUUAUAGCACAAUAGUUAACUUAAGUUUUAUAAUCACAGUCGCUUAGAUAUUUACACAAAAAAUAUUGAUCAGACAAGCCAAAAUUAGACGUGAAAUGUGGAUAUAUCUAAUCCUCUUCUGGCUGCUAGGACCAGGCAUACUGGGCCAGUGCGUCGACUGCAACGCGAAGUGGCACUUCCACUGCAAAUCGGAGCACACAGGAUAUUAUUGCGCUGGCAACAAGAGUGUCAUCGAAAAAUAUACCCUCUCCCAUGAGGAUUUUGCCACCAGUACUGAACAAAUUAUCAUGCCGUUUGACGUCUGCACACCAUAUCCCUACAUUCUACACUUCGCCGAGAGCUACUGCUGUCUGUACUCACCCAAAUUUGGAUGCCAUGCCGCCCUUCACCCUUCACUGUACAAAUUUGAGAAGUCCGUUGGAAGAUACUGCAGUUUGUGCAAGAAGCACUGCCGUUGUGUGACGGAUGAGGCGGCACCUAGACACCGGUUCUGGGCGGCGGUUCGUCUUUUAGGGAUAGUCGCUCUGCUGAGCGCCUUUCUGUCGUCGUUGAUGGAAUCGACGACGGCAUUGAGUUACUAAGACAGAGCUGACUGCCUCCAAAAAACGACGUUGGUGGAACCGAUCUAGAUGCUAGAGGACAUUUGGAAGUAUGGAAUACGCUCAAGGGAUUCAAGGGAUACAUGCCUGGUCACUCGGCCUAUGAUUCAUCCAAAAAUUUUAGUGUAUUUUAGGGUUUGAAGUAAACAAAUUAAAAUACAA